AUGCGCCGUACUGAAGUGGUAUGUGAGCUGAAAGAGGCAUCCCUGGUUGCAUUCAUGGUUCGGACAAUGGACCGUGAACUGGAACAAGAGAGACAGCGAAUACCACAUCGAUCCGAUCCGAAAUAUAUCCAAAAUGUCAUUCCAAGGCGCUUUGAUGUUGUUUUGGCAAUAGGAGCGCCUCGAUCGCGAACCCUCGUCGCUGAAGAUCCUCAGGCCCCCUGGAUCGGGGCCACAGACCUGACAUCACCAGCCAGCGUAGCCGAGUACGACUCGCUAUGUAGAGGGGCAACGAUAUGCAUAGCGAUUACCAGAGCUGAAUGGUGUCGUGCCAUCGCGCUGAGUGUCUCUGUGUUGUAUUCCUUUCCAUUCCAACAACCUUGUCCUCUCAUCGUGCCCACCAUGAGUGGCAUCCUCUUCUUCACCAAUAUACCGCAAGCAGUCGAAACCGGCAAGACAUAUACGAUCGAAUACGUAGCACCUACAGACGCGCCCGUGAGCAUCACUCUACAAGAAGGCUCGAGCGGCAAUAUGAAGACAGUCGCAACUCUGACCUCGACAGCAACGGGUGGGACUUUCGAGUGGACAGUGUCGGGAGACUUGGGCGUGUCCGAGCAUUAUGCGCUGCAAAUCGCUCAAGAGAAUCAAAUUCAUUAUUCGGGUCGCUUUGUGCUGAAGGCCGGCGAGACGGUGGACUGA